GAUGCAAAACCAGGAUGCAGCUCACACAAAUUCGACCGGCCUCUCCCUCAAAACUCCCCCUGCUCAAAUCCGAACUUCUCUCUCAUAAGCUCUCUCGCCCGUCAGCUCUUUUAUUCCAAUUUUGUGCAGAAGGGAGAAUAUCUUCGGUUUUCUGCUGGGGUAUACCAAACUACUAUAUACCUUUGAAACUACAUCAUUUCAUAGAGAGAAAUCUUCUUCUUUUUCUCCUGCAAUCUGAAGGAAUGUCAAAGGUUAGAGACAGAACGGAAGAUUUUAAAGAUUUUGCACGUCGAUCAGCAUUGUCUUUGGGAUAUGAUGAGUCUAAGACAGCUGCCUUAUUGGCAUCUUUUAUCAUGCAUAAACCUCGGCAUAGGUCAGGAUUCACCAGAGCUGCUCUUAAAACGCUGGAGAGCAUUGGGACUGUAGAGCAAUUUUUGAUGAAACACAAGAAGGAUUAUGUUGAUUUGCACCGUACGACUGAACAAGAGAGGGAUAGCAUUGAGCAUGAAGUAAGAGGAUUGCAUUGCACAACUAAUAAUCUCUUGGUGGUUAGUGGGAUGCCCAAGUAUCUGAAUGGAAAAUCACCCCUGCCGAAACCUGAAGCUACCAGAAUAUCAUGUCAGGUUACUAUUUUUGUAAAAUCAUGCAAAGAGCAGAUAGAUGUUCUCAGAAAUAGUAUAAACGAGGAAGAUGCAAAUUCAAAGGGAUGGCUUGGAUUGAAGGGUGACAAUCUGAAUGCUGAUACUGUAGCACACAAGCAUGGAGUGGUUUUAAUUUUAAGUGAAAAGCUACAUUCGGUCACAUCGCAGUUUGACCAGUUGCGGGCAAUACGCUUUCAACAUGCUAUUAACCGAGUGACACCAAGAAAGAAACGUAAGAACACUACCAAAUCAAAUGCUACAGAGAUCUCUGCUUCUAGUAGCUUGGAUCCUGACAUGAAUAGGGACUCUGAGGUCAGGGACACUGAUGUAUCACAAGCAGCCCCUAUAAGGGUCCAAGAACAACUUUUGGACGAUGAAACUCGUGCGCUCCAAGUAGAGCUGAACAGUCUCCUGGAUUCUGUUCAAGAAACAGAAACAAAGAUGGUGGAAGUGUCUGCAUUAAACCAUCUUAUGUCUACUCAUGUUUUGCAACAGGCCCAACAGAUAGAGCUUUUAUAUGAGCAGGCAGUUGAAGCUACUCAAAAUGUGGAACUUGGUAACAAAGAACUGUCACAAGCCAUUCAAAGGAACAGCAGUAGCAGAACUUUUCUUUUGCUCUUUCUGUUUGUACUUACAUUUUCAAUCGUCUUCCUAGAUUGGUACAGUUAAUUGUGGAUUUUUCGCUUUUUUUUUUUUUUUGCCUUACAAGUAAUGGGAGUAUAGAACGUAAAUUAUCAAGUAAAGUGUUGUGUAACGUCACUAGAAAUUUGGAGGCAGUUAUUGUUUGUACUGAUAUUAUUAUUACUUGCCCAUGCCCAGCAAUAUUGAACUUUUGUCCCAACAGUUCCACCAUAUUGAACUUUGAUUCCACAUUCAAAUAAUAUUAAUUGCGUUAACAAA